CACGCCAUGUUGGGCCAUGAACCCAUAAGCCCAGCCCAUAUCCAAUCUCCCCCGCAUAUCCUUGGCUGUUGGCUUGGCUGGUUCCCCAUCUUCUCUCAACCCCUCGCCGCCUCCCGACCUCGACGACGACGACGACCGACGACGAGGUGCGGCUGAAUUUGCUGGAGGAUUGAUUGAUUGGCCAUGUCGACGGCGGUGAAGGCGUUCCUGAACAGCCCCGUCGGCCCCAAGACCACCCAUUUCUGGGGGCCCGUUGCUAACUGGGGCUUCGUCCUCGCGGGUUUGGUUGACAUGAACAAACCUCCUGAAAUGAUAUCUGGCAAUAUGACAGCAGCCAUGUGCGUGUAUUCAGGACUCUUUAUGAGAUUUGCCUGGAUGGUACAACCACGGAACUAUUUACUUUUAGCAUGCCAUGCUUCCAAUGAAUCGGUUCAGCUCUAUCAGAUGUCUCGGUGGGCUAGGGCACAGGGGUAUUUGGAGAAAAAGGAGCCAGAGGCUCAGCAGUAAAAAAAAGACGCAAAGCGCAGCAUUUAGCUUCUCAAUAAGAAAACUUGUCUCAUGUCCAUCAAUGCUGAGUCUGUAACACAAUAUAAUCUCAGAUCAUAUCUUCCUUGUGUGCCAUAAGUGCUUGCCCCUAAUGUUAUUUGAUGUCAAACCUGUUCCAGAAAAAUCAGAAUCGCACAUAAUUUCUGGUUGUUUUUCUGAAAACCUUUAUGAUUUCCUGUUUGUAAAAACUCAUCACAUUGUGUUGAAAAUGAUUGGUUCCAAAUGUAGUGCCUGCUGUUUGACAACCAA